AAAAUUACUUAAGGUCUGUCUAACAGGAAAGUACUUCGAUGUUUAAAGGGCACGUGCCUCUAGUUACGACACUGUCCAUAAUGACCAAAUAAUUUAUCCACAACUGGUAAACUUAGGACUGAUCUACUUUACAGUUUUUAUCUUUUAAAAACGAGAAAAUAUUCAACUUCCCCUCGUACGAUCCGCGCCCUAGUCCGCUAACCCUUUUCCCCAUAUUCGGCAACCUGCUCGCGAACCGGCAACGUCGCCGAAGACCAGAACGAAGACAGAGAAGAGCAACCAAACACACAGCCGGAGAAUCGAAUAAUCAAAAAGUCAUAGCAUCGUCCAUGGCUUUAAACAUCACCGUGUUUCUCAUGUGAACAUUUUACGAGGUUCAUAACCGUGAAAAACGCCAAAAAAAUUAAUAAGAGACUGACAAAAUGAGAUUGGUGGUAUUUGUGUUCGUCCUAGCUGUGCUGGUUUUCGCUUCCGAUGCCAAAAGAAAGAGAAAAUUCGAAGGAGAUUUUGAAUUCGCUGAAGAGGAUGAAAAUAAAUCAAGCAAAUCAGGAGAGAAAAAAAGAUGGAUACAUGAUCCCUCAAGCGAUCUAUGUCGACCGUUGAACUGCAAGAAAAAAGAAAUCUGCUUACUGGAAGAUGCCUUCACGGCGGUCUGCGUGUCCCGAAAGGAGUUGAAGAAAAACGGAGACAUCGUAGUUCCAAAAACGUCUGCAGAACCUGAAGAAUCGAAAGAUGAAGAUGAUGACGUUUUUUACGACACUGAAGAUGACCCAGAAAGUGAUGGUGACGAAACAGGAGACUCAGUAGUAUGUAAGCCAUGCCCAGUAGUCAAGCCAAUAUUUUUGUGUGGUUCAGAUAACAGGACUUACAGUUCAUUAUGUCGACUAGAUUAUCACAAUUGUAUCCAUCAUUCUGGUAUCAGAGUAGGCUGCAAAGGCUUCUGCCCUUGUUCAGACAAUGAAGAUCACAGGAAGAAACAGAAGCAAUCAGAUAAAUUAAAUACAUUUAUGAAUAAAUAUAAAGCAACUUUGGACAAAACAGGCAACGGCGGUUCAAUUAUUGGAGGAAAAAUUAAUAAAAACCCUCCAAAAUCAGAAUUAUAUACGUAUACACCACAAGAUUUUAAAUACGACAACAAGCAUUACAAGUACAUCAAAUAUACAAAGUAUAAUAAGGACAAUAACAAUAUUCUAUACGCUGAAGACAAAGAAAGACUUAGAGGGUACAACGAAGUAUUGGAUAAUAAAAUUUACAACGGUCCCAUUCUAGGUACUCCCAUAUACCCGCCUAAACAAUGCUCUCCGACUGCUCUGCAAGCCAUGGGCAACAGAUUGUUGGAUUGGUUCUCAGUCGUCAUGUCUGAUGCGACCAAACGAAGAAGAAUGAAGGCCAAAUCCAAGGUGCGUUUCCCGCCAUCUUGCAAAGGCGAAGUAAGAUGGAUGUUCCAACACUUGGACACGAACGCUGAUUCGAAGUUAUCUCUACAAGAACUGUACGAUUUGGAACACGAUCAAAACGAAAUAUGUCUAAAGCCGUUCUUGCAACAGUGCGACGUCGAUAGAGACGUCAUAGUGACGCCCUCGGAAUGGUGCAGAUGCUUCCAAAGGACGGAACGACCUUGCGCGGCUGUCAAACGCAAGAUUACCGCGGAUCUACUAGGAGUAUUUGUGCCAGAAUGUGAUAUUCAGGGUUAUUAUAAGCCUGUGCAAUGCCACAAUGCUAUCGGUAUGUGUUGGUGCGUCGAUAAGCAUGGUGUUGAAUUUGCAAAUACUCGUACACAUUCUAAACCAACUUGUGACUCCAUUAUGAACAAAUCAAGCUUGGAUUACUCGGCAAAACAAAUGAGCAAUAGCGUCGACACGGCGAGCGACGACGAAGAUGGCGACGAUUCCGGCGAUCAAGAAAUCGAAGGCAGCGCUGACCAUCCCGCAGAUUAUUAAUAAUAAAUAAUCAAUAGCAGUAAUAAUAAUAAAAAAACAACGGUAAAAGAACAAAAAAAAGACACCCUAAUAUCCGUUAAGAUGCCUGCUACUUACUCUUUCAUUAUGACCUAAUUUAUAAUACGGCUUAGAUACUUAGAUAUUUUUUAUAAAAUGACGAUUGGUAGUUCACGAGAGGCACUAAUCACGGUAGUAGUAACUUUUUUUAAUAAUCGUAUACAGGGUGAUUCGAGGAAUAUCGCUUUGUAUUCUGCAUGGAAGAGUCGAAGGACCACUAAGGAAAAAAAUAGAUUUCUGAUUUUAAGCUCAGAAAAAUUUUUCUAGACUUGUAACUCAAAAAAUUGAUUUUUUCGACAUAGAACUAAAAAAAAA